CGCCCCAGGCCCCGGUCGCCGCGCCCCCAGGCUCCCGCCGCCGCACCCCCAGGCCCCCGCCGCCGCGCCGCGUUGCUACCUCAGCUGCGACCCCAGGCCCCGGCCGCCGCGCCGCCAGGCCGCCUCCGCCGUGCCACCAGGCCAAGGCCGCCGCACUACCAGGGCACCUCCACCGCGCCGCCUACCUUCCUCGGCUGCGCUGUCAGGCCCUACCUCGCCGCCGCGAUACUCCACCGGCGUCCCACCGUGCCACGCUGCUCUAGCCGGCCUUCCACCUUGCUGAGCUUCCCCAGCCCCCCUCGCACUGCGAUGCCGCCCCACGUCGUUCACAGCCGCUACCCCAGCCCGUUCACCACUGCCAAUCAAUGCCGUUCAACGAGGGGGCGUUCAACAAAAGCAAUGACCUUCAAUGAUCCGGUAGCCGGCGUCCGUCCUACUCCAUCGCCUUUGGUCUUUUUCCAGUUUGAGACAGUGAGAGCCGCCUGGGGCGACUCGCCGGAGACCACGCUGCACCAUCCACAGCCUCCACAACCCAACAAGAUGAACCAUACACACGAGGAACCUCCCGAGCGCAGCAACUCCUCCGUCCAAGUCGAGCGCUGGGCGCCGUCCAGGUCGAGCACUGGGUGCCGUCCAAGAUUGGAUUGGGUUGUAGUGCAUGUCAGGCUCUAUUGAUCUCCGUCCAUGAGUGGUGCUGCCUCGUGUCCGAUCGACGGCGUCCAUGAGCGCGAGCAGCCCGUAUCCGGCGGCAAGAUGAAGGUCACCCGUGAACCAUGCUUCCCCUAAUCACCUCCACCUUGUGUGAAUUCACUGCUGAGAAUAAGCACAAGCACCUACAGUCCCCCCGGUGGUCUCCUUGGCCGCACUUGGCCACGAGCUCGUCCACCAUGGUGACUGGCAGCCGUCCAAGUGGAAUGCAGACAUCAGUACAAGCAGAACUAGUUCGUAUAAACUGACUGGCAUGUAUAAUUAGGGGAUCCAAUGUUGAAAAGUUCAAUUAAGCUGUGUGUGCAAAUUCAAAGAAUUAUUGUAGGAAAGUUUAGAAGUUUGGUUUCGUGAGGAAAAUGUAUGGUUUUCUAUCAGUAUUUGGUAUGAUUCAUUUGCCUCGGGUGCAACCCAAAACUAGACAAAAAUUAAUUCUGUUUACUUCC